GCGCUGCAGAGUGUGUUCAACUUUUUGAUUUUCUCCCCAUCCGGGUUCCUGCACUUCUACGAAAGAAUUCAAGCCUUGGAGAUGUCUGGUCGUGGGAAGAAGGCGGUGGCUGUUGAGGCUAAAUUAAAGGUUCAGAGCAGAUCCUCUAGGUCUGGGCUCCAGUUUCCUGUUGGUAGAAUUUAUCGGCUUCUACGGAAAGGAAACUACGCAGAGCGAAUUGGAUCUGGUGCUCCGGUCUACCUGGCAGCAGUUCUCGAGUAUUUGACUGCAGAGGUACUGGAACUUUCUGGUAACGCAGCUAGGGACAACAAAAAAAUGAGGAUUAUGCCUAGGCACAUCCAGCUAGCAGUGAGGAAUGAUGAGGAGCUCAAUAGGCUACUGGGAGGAGUGACCAUUGCUGAAGGUGGAGUUUUGCCAAAUAUACAGGCUCAGCUGCUGCCUAAAAAGACUAAAAAUGCUUCCGUUGAGAAUCAUGAAAAAGAUAUUGAGUCCCAGGAAUUUUAGAAAGUAUUAAGCUUUUAUGUUUUUAAGUAUCUUGAUAAAUAAAGCUUUUUGUAUAUGUGUCUUUCUUUCUCCAUGAUUAAUGGUGGCAGGUUUAGGAGGAAGCAAUGUGUGGUAACAAUGGUUUAUUACCAGACUGUCAACAUGGGUGGUUGGGGGUAGUGUGUGGGGUAUGGUUUUUCUUGUAACUAUAGUAUAUUGGCCUGCAUCCUUCUCAAAACUUGAUAGUUUUGGAAACUACCCCCCUCAUUGCUUUGCCUAGCAUUAUCCACUAGUUUUAUUUAGGACAAAUUUUAAUCUGUCAAUGUAGUUAACAGUUCUGUUUUAGAACCUAUUCAGGUAAAUUGGCAAUAAUAUUGCAGCUGUAGUUUGCCUGACAAAUUUAAUAUUGCCAUGCUCUGGAAAUUUAGCAGAACUUAAUAGCCAGUCUGAGUUGACACUCCUGUUUACAUUAUACUUUCAGUAUAACAAUACUUGUAUAGACUUUCUUGGCAGCAUUAUCUAAUGGGUUCUCCUGUAAAGUGAAAUAUGCACCCAUUGACCUUGUCUUUUGAGACUCUGGUCUCCAUGUCUGGUUAGAAAAUUCUUUGUAAAAUCUGUUCAGGAAGCUUGUCUAAGUUGUAACUUGUGAUUAAUCUGACAUUUGUCAGACUUGGUCUUCCAUCCCUUUUAAUGUUCCAUGUUAAACUCCAGUAUCUUACAAAUACAA